AAAAAAUUUCCACGUGACAAAAGCCGGCAAGUUCAAAGAUUUAUUUUCUUACAAGCUUUCGACGAGAGAAGUUGCAAAUUGUAUUCGUGCAAAAUCUACUGAGUUACUUUUAUAUAUUAUUUUCACGCCUCCGUCCCAGAGAUCUUUUUUUUCGAAGUCAUCACAUUCUGUUACUCUUAUACAUUCCUGUUUUAAAAAUUGAAAAUGCCAGCCAACGAAAACAGAAUAAAAACCUACAAAAACAAAGGCAGAGAUGUUGAUGAAAUGAGGCGGCGAAGAACAGAUGUUUCGGUUGAGCUCAGAAAACAGAAGAAAGACGACCAACUUCUGAAAAGAAGAAAUGUUGCUAUCGAAGAGGAUGAUGAGCCAACAAGUCCUUUAAAAGACAACUCCAACAAGGGUCCUGGAUUGACUCUUGUGGAGAUCAUCGCCGGCAUAAAUAGCACGUCACCUCAGACCCAGAUGCAAUGUACGCAGGCGGCCAGAAAACUUCUCUCCAAGGAACGAAACCCGCCCAUUGAUGACAUCAUUCAGGCCGGAGUUAUACCUAAAAUGGUGGAGUUUCUAGGUCACAACGACAGGCCUGAGCUACAGUUUGAGGCUGCCUGGGCCCUGACAAAUAUCGCCUCGGGAACCAGCAACCAGACCAAGUUUGUGGUGAAGGCUGGGGCCGUCCCAAACUUUGUAAAACUUUUAUCCUCACCCCACCACAAUGUGUGUGAACAGGCUGUGUGGGCGCUGGGAAAUAUAGCAGGUGACGGUCCUGAUCUUCGUGACUUUGUGACAGAAGCAGGAAUUGUGGAACCCCUGUUGAGACUGAUUGAGACGGACACACCAGCUGGUUUUCUAAGAAACAUUACAUGGACCUUAUCCAACCUGUGCAGAAACAAGAACCCUCCUCCCAAGUUUAAGGUGGUGCGACAGUUUCUGCCCACGCUGGCGCGACUGUUACAUCACAGUGACAGGGAGGUGUUGACCGACACCUGCUGGGCUCUGUCUUAUCUCACAGACGGAACCAACGACAAAAUCCAGGAGGUGAUAGACAGCAAUGUUGUGACCAGACUAGUUGAACUUCUGAACAGCAACGAGGUGUCGGUGAUAACCCCCGCCCUGAGAGCGAUCGGAAACAUCGUUACGGGUGACGACAGCCAGACGCAGUGCAUUCUGGACCACGGGGCGCUCUCGGCCUUCCACAACCUCCUGAAACACCAUAAGAUCAACAUCCAAAAGGAGGCCGCCUGGACGAUCUCCAACAUCACCGCGGGGAACACCCAGCAGAUCCAGCAGGUGAUCGACCAGCAGCUGUUACCCCCAGUGCUGGACAUCCUCACCAAGGGAGAUUACAAGAGCCAGAAAGAGGCUGUGUGGGCAGUGACCAACCUGACCUCAGGAGGUACCGUGGAACAGAUAGCCUACCUGGUCCAGCUGGGGGCCAUCAAGCCCCUGUGUGACCUCCUGACCGUUAAAGAGGCCAAGGUCAUAUUGGUUAUUCUGGAUGCUCUCUCCAAUGUUCUGAUGGCGGCGGAGAAGUUAAACCAGCAGGACGUUGUGUGUGUGAUGAUCGAGGAGUCUGGGGGACUUGAUAAAAUCGAGAACCUCCAAAACCACGAAAACGAACAUGUUUACAAGGCAGCCCUGGAAAUCAUCGAAAAGUGGUUCUCUGGAGAGGAGGAGGACUCAAGUUUAGCUCCCACCACAACAGAAGGCGGUGCCUACCAGUUCAACGCCGCCGCCACCAUUCCACAGCAAGGAUUCUCCUUCUGAUCUCCACAUGUGAUCUUUUAUUGUGAUACUCAAAUCCAGACUCAGAGACUCGGAUUUAAAAAAAACAAAAAACCCUUGAUUGUUAUUAAUCACGGAAAUAGUUUAUUAAGAUUUGAUGAGAUGGAGUAAUUUAAUUUAGUGCUGCUCAGAGAAUGGAUCUCGGAUUUUGGUGCAAUCUCUUCCCUCCUUUAUAUAUUGAUAUACAUGAAUUAUGUGUUUUCUGUGAAAUUGGAAAUCAUGAAUGACUAUUGGAAGUGUUAGUUUUUGCAUGUUACUUGAAGAUUGCCAAUAUAUUUAUAUGGUAAGAAUGCAUAUUUAAAAUUAAUGUACAUGAAAAUGUAUACAUGUUUAUUUUUGCUCAUUUUAGGUUAGAUUAAAAACACAAAUGUUAACACAUUUGAAUAAGAGGUCACAAUGCAGUAUUGCAAGAUUCUGUUAUCUUUGCCACUCUAUGAGCAAUAUGUUUGGUUUUAGAUUCAUGUUCAUAUGAAAAAUAACUUUUGUAUCACCCUGUAUAACUUUCCCUUUUUCUCUGUACUUUCUUUUUCCUCUAUCUUUCUAUUGCUUACACAUUUUUGGUUUAUGAAUGCAUAUAAUAGAAUUGUUUCAAAUUGUACUGAUUUUAAGAAAAAUCAUUAAAAAUGAAAGUGGACA